AUGUCAGACUCACGCGGCAAUCUUGAGGGAUGGCUCCGCAAGAAGAGCCACCAUAUUGGACUUUGGAAGUGGCGCUACUUUCAAUUUGAAGGAAAGAGUGGCAUUCUCCGCUACUGGAAAAAGCAGCGCUUUGCGGAGGAACAUCAGAAGCCACGGGGGGAGAUCAGUUUGUCAGGCUGCCAUGUGGCUGCCUGCUGCGGGCUGUACCGCUUUGUCCUAAGGGCACCGCAGGCAGCCUAUGAUGAGGAGCUGGAGACGGAGACCUCGGAGCAGCGAGAUCUGUGGAUCUGCAGUUUGAACGCCGCUGCUCUCCAACAUCGCUUGGCUGCGAGCGCUGGACAGGUCACAGCAGAGGAUGUGCUCCAAGCCAAGGGCAUGUGGCAGACACUGAAGAAUGCCGUGAGCGACACCUUCAGUGCAGCUGCAGCCGGAGUUGCGGAGGAGCCAAUUCCGGUGGAAACUGCAGCGCUGCGAUACGCUCGUGUGGGGGGCGCGCUGUUGCGUUUGUCAGGGGAGCGUCAUCCGCCACGGCAGGGCCGCUUGGUGGUGGCUGGCAGAAGGGUGCGAGAUAGCUUGCUCCGGAGUCGCUGUGAAGUUGAAACCGGUGGAUGUUUGUCAAGCUCCGAUGCUGGGGUUGGCACCGAAUUUUGUUUGCUGCUCGUCAGCUCGAGGGAAAUUUCCGAGCCGCCUGGCGAGUCCCAAGUCUUGAAUUCGGCUUCGCUCCUGGAACCCCCGCGAGAUAGCAACCUGAAGUUUGAGGUGCUGUACGCCUUCAGUGAUGCGCUGGACUUUUCGGAGCCUGUGGCCAGCCUUCCGCUCCUCCACUGUGAGGUGGGUGAGGUGACGCGGUGCAAGUACGGCAACGGCUGGUCCCUGUGCAUUUUCGAGGUGCGACAGCCAUGA